ACCAGCAUAAAAGCCAGCCCAGAGCCUCUCUCCCUCACACACUUCUCAAUCCUUCUCCUCCUGCUCCUCCGGACAGCAAGGGACCCUCCACACCACACCCAUGGCCUGCUACGACCUCUGCCGACCCUGCGGACCCACCCCGCUGGCCAACAGCUGCAACGAGCCCUGUGCCCUGCAAUGCCAGGACUCCCGCGUCAUCAUCAACCCUUCCCCUGUGCUGGUCACCCUGCCAGGACCCAUCAUGACCUCCUUCCCCCAGAGCACCGCCGUCGGAUCCACCUCCUCGGCUGCCGUGGGCACUGAGCUCAGUGUGCAGGGACAGCCCAUCUCUGGGGGAUUUGGUGGCUUUGGCUAUGGGCUGGGCUAUGGCCGUGGAUUUGGCUAUGGGCUGACCCUC